AUGGAGAGUCAGGAUCAUCUUUCACCAUCCCACGUGGACGUAUCUCGACCGUCCCUCGGUUUCCCCUUGGGCACUGCACUUCUCUUGAUCAUCAUUUUUAGCUUGAGCGGCAUCCUCUCUUGUUGCUACCAUUGGGAUAAACUCCGUUCCCUCCGUCAAUCUUUCUCAGAUUCAAACCCUCAAAUCGAUUCAACCGCUAAACCUAAACCUUACUCCACCGAAUUGAAGCAAAGCAAAGGAGAAAGCUAUUCGGUGAUGAUGCCGGGAGAUGAUGUGCCGAGAUUCAUUGCGAUGCCGUGUCCGUGUGAACCUUCGCGGCCGGAAAAUAUUGUUGUGACGGUUGUGAAACCGCCGCCACCGAUAAAGCCACCGCGAUUAGCGAUUCCUUUGUAUUUGUAA